AUGACUGAACCGAUUACAAAGUCCGUGCCAUUCCGGCCGCAAGAUCACCUCAAGCCAUUCCCGCCACUGUCAACAUCCGAGCCAUUGAACCAAACACAGGAACCCGAGAACCUGAAUGGAACAACCCACACCAAACACACCAAUGACUCAACCAGCAACGAAACUAUCCCCCCUCUCCCAACCGUGAUCGCACGCAUCCAUGCCCGCGUGCAAGCCUUCCUAAACGAAUCGCACCCUUCGGACACGCUGCUAGCCUCGGUGCAACGACAAACGCGGAUCUCGCUAGAAGUAGUCAGCACUGCGCUACAGCGAUACAAGCUCUCGGAACUCUCCGUCUCCUACAACGGCGGCAAGGACUGUCUGGUCCUUCUAAUUCUGUUUCUGGCCGGGUUGCAUCCAACACGCGCCCGUAAUGACUACCCCUCCAAUGCCGAGGCAAACGAAAGCGCAAACGACACAACCCCCUCCCCUGCAGACCUCGACGCGGAGGCCCAAAUAGCCGCUGCGACGGUCAUCCCAGCAAUCUACGCGCUCCCGCCUGAUCCCUUCGAUGAAGUCGAAGACUUUGUCGUCUCCUCGGCUGAAGCCUAUCACCUCGCUAUUACAAAGUAUACGACCGCGCCGCCGGCUUCGACGCUCCGCUCUAGCUUUGAGGAUUAUCUGGCGCGACACCCUGGGAUCCGGGCGAUAUUUGUUGGUACGCGGCGGACGGAUCCGCAUGGUGCGCAGUUGACGCACUUUGAUCGGACGGAUGGCGGGUGGCCAGAUUUUGUGCGCGUGCAUCCCGUGAUUGAUUGGCACUAUGCGGAGAUUUGGGCGUUCAUUCGGCAUCUGGAUUUGAAGUAUUGUUCGCUCUAUGAUGAGGGAUAUACCAGUCUUGGCGGCACGUCUGAUACCCAUCCUAAUCCGAGAUUGCGGGUUGGCGCCGAGGCGGAUGGACAGUAUCUUCCUGCUUACCAGCUCACUGAGGAUCUGGAGGAGAGACUUGGGCGCAAUUGA